UUAGCGCGCUGACGAAAUGACGUUGCAGAAGGUUGCAAGCGUGUGCAACGCGUUUGCCAUUACAACGACAGCGUCGACGAACUGUCGGCUGCAAUCUUCUUGCCUCCGAGUACGCCUCACGAGCGUCCGAACGUCUGAUGCAACGCCACCUCAGUCGUUCUUCGGCGGAGACGACGCCCAAGGAAGGGACGGUGUGGAUCCGGGCAAGUAUUGUCGUUCAGCUUGCAUGACAAAGGAAGCGCACUCUGCUGAACGCACGCCGUCACUGCCAGAGUCGAAGCUGACGAUGCCACCUCAGCUUUUCCAUCUCGUUGCCGCUCACCUCGCUCAAGAUCAGUAUUGGUACGACAGCGACAAUGGUUGCUGGAUGCCCGUCGUUGUGCGCUCAAGUACAAAGAGUUGGUGACCAGGACUUGCUGUGUCUGUGUGACCAUGAUGACGUGGCGCGGUUUCGUGCAAGCAGCGUGCUGACCCGAAGAUCCGGCGAUGGUUCGAAAAUAUACUUGGUGGAAUGGCACUGCUGAUAUUGCAUCAAGAUAUGGACAUCGCGGGUCUGCUGCUGGACCCGGCCAAGGAGCGCGACCGACUGCGGAGCCAGGCGAGCCAGCGCCGGUACCGUGCACGCAAAAAGGCCAAAGACGCACGGCUGCUCGACGACGUGACCACGCUCUGGUCCGAGAUCACGCAGCUCGAGCAGAGGCUACUGCCGCGCAGCGUCGCGUCCUUCACGGGCGUCUCGCGCAUCUGCCACGACUUUUACCACCACUUUGAGUUUGGCCUUCACAUGCCGACGCACGAGCGACAGCUGCGGUUCGCGCACAGCAUGACGUCGCCGUCGCUCGUCUUCAUGGGCGAGGCGGACGGCAUCACCAUGAUGUUCAAGCAGCUCGCACUGUACGCGUCCGUCUUUCCGACGUGCCACCAAGUGUGCGAGUCGGCCGAGACGUGCGCCGUCACAGAGGACGACAUCGUCGUCAAGUGCCGCGUGCGCCUCCAUUUGCGUCUUUCGCGCACGUCGGUCGCGAUGGUCUACCCGUCGCUGCUCGCGAACGAGCUGCUCGUGCAGAAGCUUAUUGGGCAGACACUCGCCGUGCCGGUUGUCACCUACUUUUAUGUCGACAAGGCGUCGUCGACGGUCCAUAACAUUGUGGUGGACGCGGAUAUUGUGGCCGCCGCCAUCGCUCUCCUCGGCAGCGUCGAGGUCGCGGCCACUGCGCUCUCGACGUCCAAGCUCCUUGCGUCGGGUCCGAUCCAGCCGUCGUAGACUGCGUUGAAUAUAGACUUAAGUUUGGUAUGUCGCCACAAGUGCGAUGACAA